AUGUGCCCCUGGUACAACCUAGGUUCAGCUUCGAGCUUUGUUCCAUGGCUGGCUUCGUACCAAGUCUUUCUUUCUGCCAUUACCGGAGUAAUGCUCUGCCACUACUACCUCAUUUGUCGUGGAUACAUCCAAAUCGAUUCCCUCUAUGACACACUGAGAAUGGGCCCGUACUGGUACUCCUCCGGGUGGAACUACCGCACCUACAUCGCGUACAUUGUCGGGAUCGUCCCCAACUUUUACGGUUUCCUGGGUGUGUUUGGUAUCCAUGUCACCACGUCUGCAACUAGGAUGUACUAUUUUGCCUAUCCGAUGGGGCUGGCUUUGAGCUUUGGGACCUAUUAUGCACUGUGUAAGAUUAAUCCGAUACCGGAUUCGAGAAUGGGACAGGAGUGGUAUGAGCCGGAUGUCCUCCCCAGUGUAUACAUGGAUGGUACUAGUGAUGGAAAUCAGAUUGGCGAAGUUUUGGGGGUACUGAAGCUCCAGGGAGAUGGCAGUGAGGGUGUUUCUGGCAAUGUGCACUUGCGAGUUCUAACCAGGGGAGAAUUGGAAGUUUGA